UAUUUUUAUGUUCCCCUAACUAGUUUAUUGGUUCAUAUCAGUGUUAGAACUUUUUUUUUUAGGGAAAAAAAAAAGUUCUAACACUGAUUCUAAAGAUUAUUGGGACCAUAAAAUUACAUGUUAGAUUCUAAAGAUUAUUCAAUUGGCUUAGUGGACAUUAUUAUUUAGAUAUCAAAGUUUGUCUAAAGUCAUGUACAGUUUCGCUUAUUUAAACCAUCAUUAAUUGGACUAAUAAUAGCCAUCAUCCACACAAACAAAGGAAAGAAACAAACUGAUCAAAAAAAGAAGGAAAAAACUGUCUACAGAUCUCGUGAUUAAUUUGUAUUCUCAGUCGGCGGCGGCGGAGUCAAGCACCGGCGACAACACCAUGGAGCCGACGAUCAUCUCUCGUCCACUGGCAAACUUCUCUCCGUCUGUAUGGGGUUCCAGAUUUGCUUCGCUUUCUUCAUCUCCCACGGUAAGAUCGCCGGCCGGCCGGCCACAUCAUCUUCUAAACAUUUUGUUACGUUGCUGCAUGCAUGCAUGCAUGUAUUAAUGAUGUAUGCGUGGGAUCGGGGGCCAGGAAAUGGAAUUCUACCGGCGACAGGUGGAGCGGGCGAAGGCGACGGUGGAGAAGAUGCUGGCGGCUUCAGCAGCCGACGGGCCGUUUCGAAACGUGGAGCUCAUCAACUUGCUGGAGCGGCUUGGCGUGUCGUACCAUUUUGAAGCUCAGAUCGAAGACCAACUGAGGCUCAUAUUCGAGCAAUCUCUCUCCGAUGUUACGGAGAGAGAUGACGGUGACGGCCUCUACUCCGUUUCGCUGGCGUUUCGAGUACUACGCCAGCAUGGAUACAGAGUUCCUUGUGAUGUGUUCCACAAAUUCAAGGACGUAAAGACAGGAGAGUUCAAGGAAUGUCUGAGGCGCGACGUGAGAGGGAUUCUGAGCCUGUACGAGGCCUCCCACUUGAGGCUUCAUGGAGAGCCAAUUCUAGAGGAAGCCCUUUCCUUCUCUAGGCAGCAGCUGAAAGAGUACUCAGGCACCAAUGUUAUAGAGCCUCAUUUGGCAGCACACAUUGAAAACGCACUGAUUUGCCCCUUACACAAGAGCGCUCGGAGGAUAGAUUCAUGGAGAUUCAUCUCUUUCUACGCCGAAGAAGAAUCGAGAGACGAAACCCUCCUCAGAUUCGCCAAGCUCGACUUCAACUUCGUGCAGCUGAUGCACCAAAACGAGCUGGCCUUUGUCUCCAGGUGGUGGAGGGACACAGGCCUUCAAGAGAAGCUUCUUUAUGCAAGAGACAGAAUCGUGGAGCUGUAUUUCUGGGCAACGGGGUCUCAUUACGAGCCACACAAGGUGGUCUCGAGGAUUGCAGCCACCAAAUUUGCCAAAAUGGUGUCGCUGGUCGACGAUACUUACGAUGCCUACGGUACCCCCGACGAGCUCCAGCUCUUUACUAGGGCUUUUGAGAGGUGUGACGACGAGAGUGCGGUUAAGCAGCUUUCGGAUGACAUGCGACUCCUUUUUAGGGCAUUCCUCAAACUUUGUGACGAAAUGGAACAGGAUAUGGAGAAGGAGGGGAGAUGCUACGGCGCACACCACGCCAAGGAUGCUUUCAAGGAAUUGUCGAGGGCAUAUGAUGUAGAGGCAAAAUGGCUGGCGAGUCGCUACACACCAACGGUGAAAGAGUUCAUAGCAAACGGCAUACCUUCAAGCUCUUACGGCGUGAUCUCAGCUGCAUACUUCAUUGGAAUGGGGGAAGCCAUGGGGACCAAAGAGUACGAGUGGCUGAAAACCAACCCGACCAUUGAUACAGCAACAAAGCUCCUCGGCCGUCUUCUCAAUGACAUCAUGAGUCAUGAGGAUGAGCAGAAGAGAGGGCACUGUCCAUCUGCUGUAGAAUGUUACAAGAAGGAGAACCGGGUGUCGGACGAAGAGGCCGUGGAAGCGAUCAAGAAGAUGUGCGAUGAUGCAUGGAAGGACUUGAAUGAGGAGUGCAUGAAACCGACUCCAGUUGGGUUGCCUGUGAUUCAGCACUUUCUGGAUCUCGUUAGAAUCAUCACCUUCAUUUACAUCCGCAACGAUUCGUAUACGCACUCGGGGUCUCUGAAAGAUCACAUCACUUCCAUCUUACUCAACCCCAUUCCUAUCUAGCAGCCCGUGAAUGAAAGGUUGGACAUUGGGUAAGCCAAUGUAUUCAUGCUUUGCUUUGAUCUAUACGGAAUAAAGUGCAUUUGUGCCCAUGGCUUAAGAUUUCGUUUUGGUACCAGAGUUUAAACCAACACACAUACUACUCUAGCUCAGGUUUAAACCAAACCUCCCACAUGGACAUGAAGGAAGAUGUUUUUGCUAAUGGCAUGUGUUGAAGAAAGUUGUUACAAGUGAAGAAGAAUGUAAGUGAAUAGCGAUUUAUAAUUGUACCAACUAGUUAAUCUAGUUAGUCAAUUUGAGACCAAAACCAUCCGAUCUACACAUUGUCCGUCCACUCCUAAUAGGAGGUAUAACUCUUGAUUAUGCAUCUGUCGCAUAACCAGAUCCGACACCUUACACACUACAAGAAACAACGACUUUGGGACGGUAUUCGUCGCAAAUAACCCAAUAAUCCGUCGCGAAAUUUUUUGCUACGGAAUUGUUUCCGUGACGAAAAUAUGGCACUCGUCGGUAAAAACAACAGUGCGUCGCAAAACCAACACCUUUUACGCGACGCUAAAUUUCCGUUGCUAAAGGCCUAUUUAUUUUGUAGUGGAUUUAGAUCUAAAUGGUUUGAUUAACUUACAGCAUUUUUUGUUUUGAUCCCAAUUUUGAACUUUUUUACAUAGAUCAAACAAGUGUAUGGUAGUGCUUAGAAUAUUAUUUCGGAUUCAUCAUUCGUGAGGCGGCUAAAGCUUAGUUGCUAUUAGAAUUAUUAAUUCCCACCGCGGGCAGGAGGAUUCCAAGUACAUAACACAUGCAUUUGUCUUUUCUUUCUUAUCUGCUCUUUUGUCGCUAAUCUUAAUUUAUCCAUACUGCUGUGGUUUCUACUUUCUUUAUGGACAAGGAAUAUAAUACAACUAAUUAUUUGUCAUCAGGGUAAUUUAAUUAGUAGUUUAGCACUGGCGGCUGCUAUAUAUAAAUCAUAUUAAAUAUAAUGCAGCCUGUGAAUCGCAUCUAUCAUCUAAUAAUUCAUUAUAAUUCGACAGGCGGCUAAUAAUUCAUCUAAUAAUUUAUCCUAAAGUACAAAAAAUUGUAAUAGGGAUAGGGGGCAAGGGGGGAAAAAGUAUAAUAUAUAUGGAAGUACUGGGUACCCUUCCAAUUUCCGUGAACUUAAAUGGUUCGUCGAAUCUCGAUGAUAAUUACGUGAAAGCAUAUUGGGCUGUGUACUAAUUACAAUAAUUAAUUAGCUAUGUGUAUCCGUAUUUGUGGAAUCUCGAUAUAAAAAUCUUACAAUUCCAGUUUAUCUGUUGAAAGGAGAAGUGAGGCUAGAAUACCGACAGUUGUUGUUCUUAUUUCUGUUGUACCUGGGGAUGGCAACAAAACCCGAACCCACGGGUACCCAUCCGACCCAACCCGGUCAACACGGGUAAAAUUCGUGUUGACGGGUUUUGGGUCGGGUUUGAGUUUAAACCCGUUCACUAUUCACCGGGUUGGGUUGGGUUUGGGUUUAGGUAAACCCGACCCAUGGGUACCCGCCUACACCCAUAUAAUUAAUUUUCUUGGUAUAUUUAAUAUUCUAAACAACUAAUCUUACUUAUGUAUGUGGAGACAUGUCUAUUUUUUUCUUUCUAAUUGUGUAGAAUGAAGUUGAAGUUAUCUAGUGAUAGUGAAGAAACUUAAUUGAAAGGAAGAAGCUUUCAAUUAAUUAUGUUAUUUAUGGAUAAUUUGUGAUUUGCUUCAAUUUUCUUGAGUUUUCUAGAUUAGUGUUGAACAAUUUGUAUAGUUUAUUUGUGAUUUGCUUGAAUUUUCUAGAAUUGUGUUUUAAAUAUGGAUAAUUUGUAUUGAGAGAUUGAUAUUUGAAUUUAAUUUUGAUAGGAACUUGUUAUUGUAAAUUUUUUACGACAAAAACCCGUGGGUACCCAUAAACCCGCGGAUACCCAGCGGGUUGGGUUGGGUUUGAGAUUUUCAAACCCAGUGGGUUUUACCCCGGGUUUUUUCACGGAUAAACCCAUGGGUUUGGG